AUGGCACCUUGGACGAUAUAUGUAACCUGCCUGGCUACCAUACUGUUGUUCAAUAAUGUGGAAUCUUACAAAAUAUUGGUCACAAUGAUUUUGCCGGGUAAAAGUCAUGGAAUUCUGGGAGAAGGGUUGGUUCAACAUUUACUCAGCGGAGGUCACGAGGUUACAUAUGUUACGCCUUUCCCGCCGAAACCUCAGAAAAAUUUAACAAUUAUUGAUGUUAGCGAAAACAUAAUUAUGGCAGAUGUGUGUAAUGUAAAAGAUCUAAUGGAUGGAAAAACUGAUCUACGGUCAUUGUAUGUACUGAUGGACAUAUUCGUGGAGAUCGGAAAAGUGACAUUUCAAUCGUCUGCCAUGCAGGGACUGUUGAGCGACAGUAGCCAGAAGUUCGAUCUCAUUGUUGCAGAAUGGCUGUUCCAUGAUUUAAUUGCUGGACUUGCAGCAGUAUACGAUUGUCCAUACGCAUGGUUUUCUUCAUUUGAACCUCAUUGGAUGGUGCUAAAGCUUAUGGACGACAUGCCUAACCCAGCGUACGUCUCAAAUUUCGCUUCUAACAACGCACCACCCUUCACUUUCUGGGAAAGGUUGGAAGAAUUGUGGGACCAGGUGUAUGGCUCGUGGUUACACUAUUAUUACAUUGCCCCAAGAGUAGAAGAACUGUAUAAGCAAUAUAUCGUUCCUCACAUCCACGACAAAAGCAAACCUGUGCCAUCAAUCGAAGAAUUGAAAUACAACGCAUCUCUGAUGUUUGGAAACUCGCAUGCAUCUCUUGGAGAAGCGACGAGACUGCCACAAAACUAUUUGGCUAUUGGAGGAUAUCAUAUAGACCCAGAAGUCAAGCCUUUGCCAAGUGAUUUAAAGAAAAUAAUGGAAAGUGCCGAGCAUGGCGUAAUAUACUUCAGCAUGGGAUCAAAUUUGAAGAGUCAAGAUCUCCCCGAGUCUCUAACUAGAGGACUCCUGAACAUUUUUGCAAAAUUGAAGCAAACGGUCAUUUGGAAGUUUGAGAGAGAUCUACCAAAUAGGCCAAAAAAUGUGCAUAUAGUACAUUGGGCUCCUCAGCAGAGUAUUCUUGCACACCCAAAGACUUUGUUCUUCAUCUCCCACGGCGGGCUUCUAUCGACGACGGAGUCAGUUCACUUCGGAGUACCCAUGAUUAGUAUUCCGGUCAUGGUUGACCAGUUCGUGAAUGCUGAUCGAGCGGUUAAAAAGGGGUACGCUAUCAAGGUGGAUCUCUCAUACACUAUGGAGAACAAUCUAGAAAAGGCAAUUCAGACGAUGCUUACAGAUCCGAAAUAUAAAAACAAGGCGAAGGAAUUAGAAUUUAUCUACCAUAACAGACCCUUAACGCCCCGACAGGAAAUAUUACAUUGGGUAGACCACGUUAUAAAGACGCGUGGAGCCUUACAUCUGCGGUCUCCAGGCUUGCAAGUGCCCUGGUACCAGAAGCUGUACCUCGACCUUCUUGCUAUUAUUCUAGUCAUAGUUUUACUUUUAACAAAGAUUGCUAAGAUAAUGACACAGUGGACUAUCUGGUUCUUAUUGACAUCUCUAUUCCUGGUAACGCAGGCGCAUAAAAUUCUGGUGGUGAUAACAUUGCCUGGGAAGAGCCAUGGUAUUCUGGGAGAUGGUCUGGUACGACAUCUUUUGAACGGAGGACAUGAGGUUACUUUCAUUACACCAUUUCCGCCUAAACCUCAGAAGAACUUGACGAUAAUUGAUGUUAGUGAUAACAGUAAAGCUCUAACAGGUGGCGUUUUAAACAUUCAAAAUAUGAUGAAAGGCGAUGUCGAUCUACAAUCUACUUAUAUGCUCAUGGAUAUUGGAUUGGAGAUAGGAAGAUACACCUUCACUAAUGAUCACGUACAAAAGAUGCUAAGAGAUCACAACCAGUCAUUCGAUCUCAUCAUUACGGAAUGGUUAUUCCACGAAUUGUACUCAGGAUUUUCAGCAGUAUUUGACUGUCCUUAUAUAUGGUUUUCAUCGAUGGAACCCCAUUGGAAAGUUUUGAGGUUGAUUGACCAAAUACCAAAUCCGGCCUAUGUCUCCGGUAUCACUUCAAAUAACGCUCCACCCUUAUCUUUUUGGGAAAGGAUAGAAGAGCUGGUGGGCCAAAUUCAUGGCUUAUGGUUAAACUUUUUCGUAGCACCUCGGGAGAGUAGUUAUUAUGAGACUUAUAUUACACCUCAUAUCAAAAAUAGGGGAAAAUCUAUACCAACUCUUAACGAGCUAAAACAUAAUGCGUCACUCAUGUUUGGUAAUUCACAUGUGUCGCUUGGUGGAGCUUUACGACUACCCCAGAACUACAUUCCUAUUGGAGGGUUUCAUAUUCGGACUGAUGUUAUAGCGCUACCAGAUAGCCUUCAAACGAUAAUGGAUAAUGCCGAACAUGGAGUAAUUUACUUUAGCUUAGGAUCUAACUUGAGGAGUGAAGAUCUACCAGAAGAUUUGACGAGGGGAAUUCUACAGAUAUUCGGUGAUCUGAAGCAAACAGUCAUAUGGAAGUUUGAAAAAGACUUGCCAAAUAGACCGAGGAACGUGCAUAUUGUUCAUUGGGCACCACAGCAAAGCAUUCUUGCACAUCCUAAUACUCGUAUCUUCAUUUCCCAUGGUGGACUCCUAUCUACGACUGAAUCAGUACACUUUGCUGUGCCCAUGAUAUGUAUUCCUGUCAUGGUGGAUCAGUUUGCAAAUGUUAAUAGAGCCAUAAGAAGAGGAUUCGCUAUCAAAGUUGACUUGUCUAUUGACAUGGACAAGCAUUUGGCACAAGCUAUACAAACAAUGCUAAAUGACCCGAGAUACGCAGUGAAGGCUAAAGAACUAUCCUUCAUUUAUCACGACAGAAUUGCCCCACCGGGACAAGAGAUUUUGCAUUGGAUAGACCACGUGGUAAAAACCCGUGGUGCCACACAUUUAAGGUCUCCUGCACUGCAAGUGCCCUGUCCACUGGCUGGGAAGAGCCAUGCUAUCCUGGGGGAUGGUGUGGUUAAACAUCUUAUAAAUAAGGGACAUGAGAUAACAUACAUAACGGCAUAUCCGAAUGACAAUAAGCCGCAUCCGAAUGUCACAUAUAUUGAUGUCAGUUCAAACGCUGACAUGCUAAAAGAGUACCCGUUCACUAUAAAAGCAAUAAUGGAUAAAGAAGUGAAUUUUCAAGACAUAACGAUGCUAUUGAAGCUGUUCGUGGAGAACGGGAAGAGAACUUUAGCCAAUCCUAACGUGCAGAAUAUGUUAAAGGACAAGACUCAGCGUUUCGAUGCUGUCAUUUCUGAAUGGAUGUUCACCGAAGUUUAUGCUGGAUUCUCCGCUGUCUACCAGUGUCCGCUAAUCUGGCUAUCUACAGUGGAACCCCAUUGGAUGGUACUCCAGAUUAUAGAUGAAGCCCCAAACCCAUCAUAUACCCCAGAUUGUCAAACUUACCACGUACCACCUUUUAACUUCUGGCAACGCGUUGUGGAAUUGUUAAAUAUAAUAUUUGGACGGCUCAUCCAAAGUUGGUUAAUACAUGGUCCGGAACAACAGUACUAUGAAGAGUACCUGGUGCCUUACAUCGAAGAUAAGUCUAGGCCCAUACCGACAAUUGAUGCUCUGCGAUACAAUGGCUCUUUAAUGCUGGGAAAUUCACAUUUCUCAUUAGGACAACCGACGAGAUUGCCCCAGAACUACAUUCCUAUAGCUGGAUACCAUAUCGAUAGAGAAGUGAAGCCUUUACCAAAAGAUCUCCAAACAAUCAUGGACAAUGCGAAACACGGUGUCAUUUACUUCAGCAUGGGAAGCAAUUUGAAAAGCAAAGACUUUCCAGAGGACCUCAAGAAUGGAAUACUUAAAUUCUUCGGAGAACUGAAGCAGACAAUCAUUUGGAAGUUCGAAGAUGAUCAGAUUAAAAAUAAACCGAAUAACCUUCACAUUUUGAAGUGGGCGCCACAACAAAGCAUUUUAGCCCACCCCAACUGCGUACUUUUCAUAACUCACGGAGGUCUUCUAUCGACGACAGAAGCAAUUCACUAUGGUGUACCCUUACUUGGUAUUCCAGUAUUUGCAGACCAGUUCACAAACGUAGCGAGGGCUGUUCAUAAAGGCUUUGCGAGGAAGGUUCCCUUAUCGUACACCAUGAUGGACGAUUUCAAGGAACAGACAAAGCACAUUUUGCAGAAUCCUAAAUAUGCAGCUAAGGCGAAAGAAUUGUCGCUUAUUUACCACUCUCGUGUGGUUCCACCUGGUGUGGAAUUGGUGCACUGGGUGGAACACGUGGUAGAGACUGGAGGAGCAGCCCAUUUACGCUCCCCCGCUCUGGACAUGCCAGUCUAUCAAAAAUACUAUCUCGAUCUUAUUUCUGUGAUCUUAGUGAUAGUAGCUUCUAUUACGUAUAUUGUAAGGACUACUUGCAAACGUGCUGCAAAAAAACCAAUCAACAUGACCUCAGCGUCUCACACGCAGUGUCAAUUUACUAUGUGGGGUCACCUAUUACUUGUCAUCACAUUGGUGAUAACUAGUAGCCAUGGCUACAGAAUCUUAGUAGCAUUCCCUAUGCCAUCCAGAAGUCACUCCAUCCUUGGUGAUGGUUUAGUCAACGCUUUAGUGGAAGCUAAACAUCAGGUCACCUAUAUCACACCAUUUCCAAAAAAUGUAGGCGCUAACAUCAGAACAAUGGACGUUAGCGAAAAUAAAGAAGUAUUCCCAGAUGAUGAUAUUAGCAAUAUUAACGCCAUCAUGAAUAAAGAAAAGGACAUGCAAAAUAUAACUUUCUUCGUGACAUCGAUGUCAAAAUUAAGUGAGAAAACAAUUGAGAAUCCAGAAGUACACAAAAUGUUGAACGAUCCCAACGAGCACUUUGACAUAGUCAUAAUAGAGUGGAUGUUUUACGAGUUACUAGCUGGGUUCUCAGCGGUAUUCAACUGUCCUUACAUAUGGGUGUCGUCUGCUGACCCCCACUGGAGAGCUCUGAAACUAGUCGACGAUUUUCCGAAUCCAGCUUACACGCCCGAUGCGAUAUCGACGAAUUUCCCACCAUUCACAUUUAUCCAAAGAGUUCAGGAAUUGAUUUUCCAAAUCGGAGGAAUGUCGUUCCAACAUUUCACCUUGAUUCCAAUGCAAAUUGAAUCUUACGAGAAGUUCUUAGUGCCUAUUAUUGAGAAGCGGGGAAAUAAAGCACCAGCAUUUCGCGACUUGAUGUUCAACGCUUCGCUGGUUCUUAGCAACUCUCAUGUGUCUGUCGGCAAGAGUGUUCGCUUGCCGCAGAACUUUAUACCCGUGGGUGGCUAUCAUAUUAGUCGUGACGUGAAACCCUUGCCUGAGAAUUUGAAAAAGCUGCUAGACAACGCGAAAAAUGGACUCAUAUACUUCAGUAUGGGAAGCAAUUUGAAGAGCAAACAUAUGCCUGUUGAGCUCAAGAAAAGUUUACUCAGUAUGUUUAGUAAAUUGAAAUAUACAAUACUCUGGAAAUUCGAAGAAGACUUGCCGGGGACACCUGACAAUGUCCAAAUUGUAAAAUGGGCACCGCAGCAAAGUAUUUUAGCUCAUCCAAACUGCAUCCUGUUUGUAACCCACGGUGGUCUUCUUUCGACAACCGAAACCAUUCACUUCGGAAAACCCAUAGUAGCAAUUCCAGUAUUUGCUGACCAGUUCAACAAUGCAAACCUAGCUGUGAUAAAGGGAUUCGCGAAAAAAGUUGAUUUGUCCUACACAAUGGCUGAUGAUCUCCGAAUAGCUAUUGAAGAUGUAUUACAGGAUCCCAAAUAUGCAAAAAAGGCGAAAGAGCUAUCCGUGAUCUAUCAUGACCGACCAGUAACUCCUGACAAGGAGGUGGUCCAUUGGAUUGAGCACGUGGUGAGAACAGGUGGUGCUAGACAUCUACGGUCUCCAGCCCUUGACCCGACGUGGUAUCAGAAGUUGUAUCUGGACCUGGUUGCUAUUACUGCAGAAAUCAAUUUUGCGGAUGAAAUGUUAUUAGCUUUGUUAGUGUUGUGUACAUUAGCUUACUGCGAUGCUUACAAAAUUCUCGUGGUGUAUCCUAUGCCUUCAAGAAGCCACUCCAUUCUUGGGGACAAACUGGUCAAUGUUUUGGUGAAAGCUGGACAUGAAAUUACAUACAUUACUCCCUUUCCCAAAGGAAUAACUACUAUAAAAGAAAUAGACAUCAGCGAUAAUAAGCAAUAUUUGCCAGAUGGCAUCAAAGACCUGAAAUCUCUCUUAAAUAAGGAAAUCUCUGUGCACAAUUCUACGGUCUUCACUACAUUAUUACCUAAAAUAAAAGUCAAUACAAUUGAAAAUAAGGAUGUUGAGAGAUUGAUGAAUGAUCCGAAUGAACAUUUCGAUGUUAUUAUCAUUGAAUAUAUGUUCUGUGAACUUUUAGCAGGAAUAACACCUGUGCAAAACAAGGAGUUCGAGAGACUCUUUGUACCAGUUAUACGUAAACGAGGCAAUACCUUCAACUUAAAGAAACUGCUGGAUGAAUCCAAAAAUGGUUUGAUUUACUUUAGCAUGGGGAGCAAUUUAAAAAGCAAGUAUCUACCCGAUGAAGUCGAGCAAAGCUUGCUGAACAUGUUUGGUAAAUUGAAAUAUACAGUGCUAUGGAAAUUUGAGGACAAUCUUCAUUCGAAACCUAGCAAUGUUCAUAUGGUUCAGUGGGCUCCGCAAGAUAGUAUAUUAGGUUAA